UGGGCUAAAAACGUUAUCGUAAUCUUUAAUUUUCAGGCUUUUUUAAAAUUCCGACUGGUUACCGAGGGCUAGAAAAUCCGGUCACCGUCGCCGGAGACAACCUCGAGUUCUAACCAAACCAUCGUGAAGGACGGAAAAAAGGAGCUUGAAGACAUAACAAUGACGAGCGUUUUCGAUGAACCUAAACCCUCCGACGAUUCUCACGAGUCCAAGAUCGUAAUCAAUGAAGAAGAAGAAAAGGAGGAGGACGAAUGAUAAUCCGAUUGAAGAAGUCCGGUUAACUGUACCGAUAACCGACGAUCCAACAUACCGGUUCUAACAUUUCGAACAUGGUUUCUUGGACUUCUCUCUUGCAUCUUGCUUGCUUCGUGAACCAGUUCUUUAGUUUCCGGUCGAACCAGCUUUGGGUAUCUUCCGUUGCGGCGCAGAUUGUCACCCUCCCGUUGGGGAAACUCAUGGCGAAGACGCUACCGACAAAGAAAUUCGGGUUUCCCGGGACGAAUUGGUCGUGGUCAUUGAACCCUGGUCCGUUCAAUAUGAAAGAACAUGUUCUCAUUACAAUAUUUGCUAAUACCGGAGCUGGAGGAGUUUACGCCACAAGUAUCAUUACCAUUGUUAAAGCUUUUUACAACCGUCAACUCAAUGUCGCCGCUGCCAUGUUGCUCACACAAACCACUCAGUUGUUGGGAUAUGGAUGGGCUGGAAUGUUCAGGAAGUUCCUUGUGGAUUCACCGUAUAUGUGGUGGCCGUCAAAUCUGGUUCAAGUCUCACUCUUUAGCUUACAUGAGAAGGAGGAUCUACAAAAAGGGCAACAAACAAGGUUUAGAUUCUUCAUCAUUGUCUUCGGCGUGAGCUUUGCUUACUACAUAAUCCCCGGUUACCUUUUCCCUUCCAUUUCCGCAAUUUCAUUUGUUUGCUGGAUUUGGAAAAGCUCAGUGACCGCUCAGAUUAUCGGUUCGGGGCUCAAGGGUUUAGGAAUUGGUUCGUUUGGUCUUGACUGGUCCACUGUUGCUGGUUUCCUAGGCAGUCCGUUGGCUGUACCAUUCUUCGCCAUUGCCAACUUCUUUGGCGGAUUCUUCAUCUUUUUAUACAUUGUUCUACCUAUCUUCUACUGGACUAAUGCUUAUGAUGCACAGAAGUUUCCGUUCUAUACUUCACACACCUUUGAUCAGACUGGACACACCUAUAACAUUACUCGUAUCCUCAAUGAGAAGAAUUUCGAUAUCAAUCUAGACGCUUACAACGGUUACAGCAAGCUCUAUUUGAGUGUGAUGUUCGCGUUGCUCUAUGGACUCAGCUUCGGUUCUCUUUUCGCUACCAUCUCUCAUGUCGCCCUCUAUGAUGGAAAGUUUAUAUGGGGAAUGUGGAAGAAGGCAAAGACAGCAACAAAGGACAAGUACGGAGAUGUGCAUUCGAGAUUGAUGAAGAAGAAUUAUCAAUCAGUACCUCAAUGGUGGUUCAUCGUAGUUCUAGUUAUUUCCUUUGCUUUCGCACUCUAUGCUUGUGAGGGCUUUGACAAACAGCUUCAGCUUCCAUGGUGGGGACUUAUACUCGCGUGCGCCAUCGCCUUGUUCUUCACAUUGCCUAUUGGAGUUAUCCAAGCAACUACGAACCAGCAAAUGGGUCUUAAUGUUAUAACAGAACUGAUCAUCGGGUACUUAUACCCAGGAAAGCCACUAGCCAAUGUCGCUUUCAAGACAUAUGGAUACAUCAGUAUGUCUCAAGCCUUGUACUUUGUAGGAGACUUCAAGCUUGGUCACUACAUGAAGAUCCCUCCAAGAUCAAUGUUCAUCGUCCAGCUUGUUGCAACUGUGGUUGCCUCAACUGUCUGCUUCGGAACAACCUGGUGGCUCAUUACAUCUGUAGAGAACAUAUGGAGAAUGUUUACCAAAGAAGGUAUCUAUCCUGGGAUGAACUGGUUCUUCCUUAUCGGUCUCCUCGCUCCAGUUCCUUUCUGGUACCUAUCGAAGAAGUUCCCAGAGAAGAAAUGGCUAAAACAGAUCCAUGUUCCCUUGAUCUUCUCGGCGGUAAGCGCAAUGCCACAAGCUAAGGCUGUGCAUUACUGGUCCUGGGCCAUCGUUGGGGUUGUGUUCAACUACUACAUCUUCAGGAGGUUUAAAACUUGGUGGGCGAGGCACAACUACAUCCUCUCUGCAGCGCUUGAUGCAGGUACUGCGAUUAUGGGAGUGUUGAUAUUCUUCGCAUUUCAGAACAAUGAUAUAAGCUUACCUGAUUGGUGGGGGCUUGAGAAUUCAGACCAUUGCCCUCUAGCGCAUUGCCCAACGGCCAAAGGUGUUGUUGUUGAAGGUUGUCCUGUGUUUUAAGAUUGAUGAAAAUGCAAUGUUUUCCUGAAAGGGGUAACUGUUGAUGUCGAAAAACGCUUUGGUAAUCGUUAUAUCUGUUUAAUACCCCUCCCUAAGAAGUUAAGGGAUUCAAACAAUGUAAAGCACUAGAUUUGGUUUCAUGUUCUUCAGUAUUUAACUAUUUACUUUGUAAGUUUAAGAACAAUAGCCAAAUAAAGUAGAGCUUUCAUU